AUGGUAAUGAACCAACCUGACAUCGUGGUGGUGGACAAAGGGCAGAGGACAGCCGUGGUGGUGGACAAAGGACAGAGAACAGCCGUGGUGGUGGACAAAGGGCAGAGGACAGCCGUGGUGGUGGACAAAGGGCAGAGGACAGCCGUGGUGGUGGACAAAGGGCAGAGGACAGCCGUGGUGGUGGACAAAGGGCAGAGGACAGCCGUGGUGGUGGACAAAGGGCAGAGGACAGCCGUGGUGGUGGACAAAGGGCAGAGGAAAGCCGUGGUGGUGGACAAAGAGCAGAGGACAGCCGUGGUGGUGGACAAAGGGCAGAGGACAGCCGUGGUGGUGGACAAAGGGCAGAGGACAGCCGUGGUGGUAGACAAAGGGCAGAGGACAGCCGUGGUGGUGGACAAAGGGCAGAGGACAGCCGUGGUGGUGGACAAAGGGCAGAGGACAGCCGUGGUGGUGGACAAAGGGCAGAGGACAGCCGUGGUGGUGGACAAAGGGCAGAGGACAGCCGUGGUGGUGGACGUGGCAAUUCCAAGCGAUGAGAGGGAUAACUGCCCACGGAUAGAGAGGGAUAACCGCCCACAGAUAGAGAGGGAUAACUGCCCACAGAUAGAGAGGGAUAACUGCCCACGGAUAGAGAGGGAUAACUGCCCACGGAUAGAGAGGGAUAACCGCCCACGGAUAGAGAGGGAUAACCGCCCACAGAUAGAGAGGGAUAACCGCCCACGGAUAGAGAGGGAUAACCGCCCACGGAUAGAGAGGGAUAACCGCCCACGGAUAGAGAGGGAUAACCGCCCACGGAUAGAGAGGGAUAACCGCCCACGGAUAGAGAGGGAUAACUGCCCACAGAUAGAGAGGGAUAACCGCCCACGGAUAGAGAGGGAUAACUGCCCACAGAUAGAGAGGGAUAACCGCCCACGGAUAGAGAGGGAUAACCGCCCACGGAUAGAGAGGGAUAACUGCCCACGGAUAGAGAGGGAUAACUGCCCACGGAUAGAGAGGGAUAACCGCCCACGGAUAGAGAGGGAUAACCGCCCACAGAUAGAGAGGGAUAACUGCCCACGGAUAGAGAGGGAUAACUGCCCACGGAUAGAGAGGGAUAACCACCCACGGAUAGAGAGGGAUAACUGCCCACGGAUAGAGAGGGAUGACCGCCCACGGAGGGCCAAAGCGAAGGCCAAGGAGGCGGAGGAGGAGCAGCUGUGUGAGCUGCUCUUGCUGAUGAGCCUGGACUGGGGUCUGGACUGGGGUCUGGACUGGGGUCUGGACAGGAGCCUGGACUGGAGCCUGGACUGGGGUCUGGACUGGAGCCUGGACUGGAGCCUGGACUGGGGUCUGGACAGGAGCCUGGACUGGGGUCUGGACUGGAGCCUGGACUGGGGUCUGGACUGGAGCCUGGACUGGAGCCUGGACUGGGGUCUGGACUGGAGCCUGGACUGGGGUCUGGACAGGAGCCUGGACUGGGGUCUGGACAGGAGCCUGGACUGGGGUCUGGACUGGAGCCUGGACUGGAGCCUGGACUGGGGUCUGGACUGGAGCCUGGACUGGGGUCUGGACAGGAGCCUGGACUGGGGUCUGGACAGGAGCCUGGACUGGGGUCUGGACUGGAGCCUGGACAGGAGCCUGGACUGGGGUCUGGACUGGAGCCUGGACUGGGGUCUGGACAGGAGCCUGGACUGGAGCCUGGACUGGGGUCUGGACUGGAGCCUGGACUGGGGUCUGGACUGGGGUCUGGACAGGAGCCUGGACUGGAGCGUGGACUGGGGUCUGGACAGGAGCCUGGACUGGAGCCUGGACUGGGGUCUGGACUGGGGUCUGGACAGGAGCCUGGACUGGAGCGUGGACUGGGGUCUGGACAGGAGCCUGGACUGGAGCCUGGACUGGGGUCUGGACUGGAGCCUGGACUGGGGUCUGGACUGGGGUCUGGACAGGAGCCUGGACUGGAGCCUGGACUGGGGUCUGGACUGGAGCCUGGACUGGGGUCUGGACUGGGGUCUGGACUGGGGUCUGGACAGGAGCCUGGACUGGGGUCUGGACUGGGGUCUGGACAGGAGCCUGGACUGGGGUCUGGACUGGGGUCUCACCUGA